AUGGAGUCGUCGCGUGGCCCUCCACGGGUCAAAAACAAGGCCGCCGCGCCGCAGCAGAUCUCCGCCGAACAGCUGCUGCGGGAAGCAGUCGACCGCCAGGAACCCGGCCUGACAGCGCCAACACAGCGCUUCGCCGACCUCGAAGAACUCCAUGAAUACCAGGGACGGAAACGAAAGGAGUUCGAGGACUAUGUGCGCCGCAAUCGCCUCAACAUGGGCAAUUGGUUCCGCUAUGCCGCCUGGGAACUGGAACAGAAGGAAUACCGGAGGGCGCGCAGUGUCUUUGAGCGUGCGUUGGACGUGGAGAGCACUAAUGUGCAGCUAUGGGUGAGAUAUAUCGAGUCGGAAAUGAAGGAGCGCAACAUCAACCAUGCGCGCAACCUCUUGGACAGAGCAGUGACCAUCCUUCCACGCAUAGACAAGCUAUGGUACAAGUAUGUCUACAUGGAGGAAAUGCUUGGCAAUGUCGCCGGUACGAGGCAGGUCUUUGAGCGCUGGAUGUCAUGGGAGCCCGACGAGGCCGCCUGGAAUGCCUACAUCAAGCUCGAGAAGCGGUACAGCGAGUUCGAUCGGGCGCGGAAUAUCUUUGAGAGGUUUACCAUCGUUCACCCUGAGUCAAGGAAUUGGAUUAAGUGGGCACGAUUCGAGGAGGAGAACGGCACGAGCGAUCUCGUACGGGACGUGUUCGGUAUGGCUAUCGAGACGCUGGGCGACGAGUUCAUGGACGAGAAACUCUUCAUUGCUUACGCCAGAUUCGAGGCCAAGCUCAAAGAGUACGAGCGUGCGCGAGCAAUCUACAAGUACGCUCUGGACCGCAUGCCACGCUCUAGAUCUGCUAUCCUGCACAAAGCCUACACUCAGUUUGAGAAACAGUACGGUGAUCGUGAAGGGGUCGAGGACGUUGUGCUUUCAAAACGAAGAGUUCUCUAUGAAGAGCAGGUGAAGGAAAACCCAAAGAAUUAUGACGCUUGGUUCGACUAUGCCAGAUUGGAGGAAGCAGGCCAGGAUCCAGGGAGAGUAAGGGACGUUUACGAGCGCGCAAUCGCACAAAUACCGCCGAGCCAUGAAAAGCGCCACUGGAGGCGUUAUAUCUAUCUCUGGAUAUUCUAUGCCCUUUAUGAAGAACUGGAGACGAAGGAUCUUGCUCGAGCAGCGCAAGUUUACGAAGAAGCAAUCAAGAUCGUUCCACACAAGAAGUUCACGUUUGCAAAAGUCUGGAUCCUCAAGGGCCAAUUCCACCUACGACAGCAAGAACUUGAUCGUGCGCGAAAGACGAUGGGUAUGGCAAUUGGCGUGUGUCCAAAGAACAAGCUGUUCCGCGCGUAUAUCGACAUGGAACUGAAGUUGUUCGAGUUUGUGCGCUGCCGGACGCUUUAUGAGAAAUGGAUCGAGUUCGAUGCGUCCAAUUCGCAGGCCUGGAUCAAGUUCGCCGAGCUGGAACGCGGUCUCGAAGACUUGGAUCGUACUCGCGCCAUCUUCGAGCUUGCGAUCCAGCAAGAAGUGUUGGAUAUGCCAGAGCUCGUCUGGAAAGCGUACAUCGACUUCGAGGAGGAAGAAGGCGAAUACGAGAAGACAAGAUCGCUGUAUGAACGCUUGUUGGCCAAGACUGAGCACGUCAAGGUAUGGAUCAGCUACGCACAGUUCGAGAUCAGCGUCCCAGACUUCGUGGAGGAGAUUACAGACGAGUCGGAAGCUGCAGUGAGCGAUGCUGCCAAGGCACGGGCGCGGAAAAUCUUCGAGCGGGCACAUAAGCUGUACAAAGACAACUCGUUGGUCGAGGAGAGGGCGGCGCUUCUCAACGCGUGGAAGGGGUUCGAGGAGACGCAUGGCGGCGAGCAGGACCAAGAAAAGGUUUCGAAGCAAAUGCCAAGGCGCGUCAAGAAGAGGAGAAAGCUCGACGACGACUCGUUCGAGGAGUAUAUGGACUACGUGUUCCCGGCAGACGACGAGAGCUCUGCAAAGAUGAGCAAACUCAUGAUGAUGGCGCAGAAGUGGAAGCAGGAGAAGGAGAAGGCUGCGGCAUAG